UCAGCUCGAGGUUCUCCAAGAGACAAUAACCUGUGAUACGACCGAGAGUGAGAGUGUGUGCACCAUGGAUGUUCUUAUGCCCUCCAUGCUAGGGGACGAUCCACACCUAAUGGCUGAGCCGGCGAUCCAGAUCUUCGAGCAGCCCAAGCAGAGGGGAAUGCGUUUCAGGUACAAGUGUGAGGGUCGCUCAGCUGGGAGCAUCCCCGGCGAGAAGAGCUCUGACAACAACAGGACGUACCCCAGUCUGCAGAUCCUCAAUUACUGCGGUAAAGGGAAAGUACGUGUAUAUUUGGUGACGAAGAACGAGCCGUACCGACCGCAUCCACACGACCUGGUGGGGAAGGACUGCAAAGACGGAUUCUACGAGGCCGAGUUUGGCCCAGACCGCAGAGUGAUCGCUUUCCAGAAUCUGGGGAUCCAGUGUGUGAGGAGGAGGGAAGUGAAAGAUGCGAUCGUACAGAGGAUGACCAGAGGGAUCAACCCCUUCAAUGCACUUUACCCCGCACCCCACCUCCCACCAACCCCCGACUGCCCCCCCACCAUCACUGUCCCCCGUAACCGCCGCAGCCAAUGA